GUGAUUCCCAUCGUUGGGAUGGGUGGGAUUGGUAAGACAACCCUUGCCCAGCUGGUUUACAACGAUGCUUCCAUUCAACAUCAUUUUCACCUCAAAGCAUGGGCUUGUGUUUCUGAUUAUUUUGAUGUUUUGAGAAUAACGAAAGAAAUCUUGCAAUCAAUCACUUCCGUGUCAUGCAAUGAUAAUGAUCUGAAUAUAGUUCAAGAAAAGUUACAGAAGGAGUUGUCCGGAAAAAAAUUCUUAAUUGUUUUAGAUGAUGUCUGGAAUGAGAAUUAUCAUCACUGGACUGUCUUACAAUCUCCUUUCAAAACGAGGACUCAAGGAAGCAAAAUUAUUGUGACAACAAGAAACCACGGUGUUUCAUCAACAAUGGGUGCCUUGCAUGCUCAUUCCUUAGAGCUUUUGUCAGCUGAUGAUUGUUUGUCUGUAUUUGCUCAACAUGCAUUGGGAGCAAGGGACUUUGAAGGACAUCCAAGCCUAAAGGAAGUUGCUGAGAAGAUAGUGAGAAAAUGCAACGGUUUGCCUUUAGCUGCUAAAACCCUUGGUGGCUUAUUGCGCACUAAUGUAGACCUUCAUGCUUGGGAAGAUAUAUUAGAGAGUGAGAGAUGGAAGCUAUCUAAAGAUCAGUCAAGUAUAAUCCCAGCUCUACAGCUAAGCUACCAUCAUCUUCCUCUACAUUUGAAGCGAUGCUUUAUGUAUUGUGCCAUUAUUCCCAAGGACUGUGAAUUUGAGAAGGAAGAAAUAAUCUUAUUGUGGAGAGCACAAGGGUUUCUACAAGAAGCACGAGAUAAACGGUGCAUCCAUGAUUUGGGUCACAAGUAUUUCAAAGACCUAGUGUCAAGAUCCCUUUUGCAAGUGUCCAUCAACAAUAAAUCUCGAUUUGUUAUGCAUGAUCUCAUUAAUGAUUUGGCCCAAUCAGCGGCUGGAGAAGUAUGCUUUAAAAUAGAAGGUAGUCAAUAAAUUUUGAAGCAUGCUCGCCAUUUAUCUUACAUUGCUGAGAGGUUUGACGGCACCAAAAAAUUUGAAGGCAUUUAUGAAGCGCAACAUUUACGAACCUUUCUUCCAUUAAGGAUUACAGAAUAUAGCUGAGCCUCAAGAUGCAUGGAUGGCUAGAUUAUCUGAUAAGUCGAGACUUGAGAGUUUAGAAUUGCAGUGGAGCAAAGACUUUGAGAAUAGAAGAGAAGAAGUCGAGAAAAAGGUGUUGGAUGGAUUUCAACCUUCGAAGAAGCUCAUGGAGCUCAGCAUUAAGUUCUAUUGUGGUGAAAUGUUGGCAAAUUGGGUGGGAGAUUCAUCCUUCAAUUGUUUACAAUCUUUAUGCCUUGAUAAUUGUAGAAAUUUAUUGUCAUUGCCAUCAAUUGGGAAAUUGCCAUUGUUGAAAAAGGUACGUAUUAAAGAA